CUUCAAGCGUCAAGAGGGGAGCCCUGAAUUCUCCCGCGCUCUCUGCCCGCUUUGGGAAAUGGCAGAUUUCGACCCUGGUGCUUUGCCGGACCUGCUGCCCCUUUAUUACCGCCGCCUUUUCCCUUUCGGCCUGUAUGGGCGGUGGCUGCGCUAUGGCGAUGUGCCCAAGAACUACUUUCAGCGGCGAGAGUUCUCAUUUACACUCCGUGAUGAUAUAUAUGUCCGAUACCAGUCUUUCAACACGCCCCAAGAACUGGAGAAGGAGAUCUUGAAAAUUUGCCCUUACAAAAUUGAUAUUGGAGCCGUAUAUUCACACAAGCCCAUCCAGCACAAUACAGUCCACAUGGGUGCUUUCCAGGCCCAAGAGAAGGAGCUGGUAUUUGACAUUGACAUGACGGAUUACGAUGAUGUUCGAUACUGCUGCAGCUCUGCUGAGAUCUGCUCCAGGUGCUGGACUCUGAUGAGCAUGGCCAUUCGCAUCAUUGACCGGGCGCUUGUGGAGGACUUUGGUCUCAAGCAUCGUCUUUGGGUAUAUUCGGGACGCAGAGGUGUGCAUUGCUGGGUGUGUGAUGAUUCUGUCCGGAAGUGGUCUUCAGCGCUCCGCUCCGCAGCCAUUGAAUAUCUCACUGUGGUGAAGGGUGGCGAAGAGAUGGUCAAGAAGGUGACCCUCCCAGACAACAUUCACCCUUUCAUCAGAAAAUCAAUAGACGUGGUGAAGAAUUACUUUGAGGAGUAUGCCCUGAUUGGUCAAGACAUACUUGGAACUAAGGAGAGAUACGAAAAAGUGUUGGCGCUGGUUCCAGAGCCCGUUAGAGCUGAUCUUCUGUCAGAAUUUUCUAAGAAAAACCUUGAUUCAGUCCAGCGCUGGAAAAUUUUGAAACAAAAGUUGGAAAAAUACGAGGCAAAAAAGUCACAACAGAAAACAGAGCCAGAGAUCAUGCUACAGUACUGUUUUCCCCGGCUGGAUAUCAACGUCAGCAAAGGAAUCAACCAUUUACUGAAGAGCCCUUUCAGUGUUCACCCCAAAACAGGGCGUAUUUCAGUUCCAAUUGACUUGAAGAAACUGGAUGAAUUUGAUCCAUUUGCUGUUCCCACAAUCAGCCGCCUCUGUCACGAGCUGGACACAAUUAGGAAUGGUGAAGGGGAUGAAAAGGAAAACGAAGCGGAGGUAGAAUGCACUCGUAGAAGCAAAGAUUACAGGAAGACCAGCCUUGCUCCAUAUGUGAAAGUCUUUGAACAGUUUGUGGAGGAAAUGGAAAACUCUCACCGAGGGGAACGCCUGAGGACUAGUGACAUGCAACUGGAUUUCUGAAGUCUCUUGAUCGUAAGAAUCAUGCAAUUCCAUGUGGGCAGAUAGUUGUGCUCAACUGCAGCAGGAUCUCUUUUAGUUGUUUUGCUGACGUUUUGAUCUACAGACUUCAUUCUCAAAAGCAAACGGAACUUGUCUUUCUUACCAAAUGAGAUACUGUAAAAUUAGAACAACUCGAAAGCUUUAGAUACCAGCAACAGAAUUAAAGCCCAUGUAAAGAAAGGAGCUGGUGUGAAAUACCUACAGGAUGUACGAGACUCGUAGAAGUCUUUUUAACAGACAAGCACUUCCUUUGGGAGCAGAGAGGGGAAGGGUUUAUAUCACAUACUGCCGUAAUGUACAGAAAAAUGAUGGUGGUAUUUCUGUG